UACUUAAGCCAGUAGUCACAAGGCGGCCGUUGAGUACACACGGCGCCACGCGCAUUAAACAAACCUGAAUCAAAAAUGACUCAUAAUUAUUUAAACGGUAAUUUACGUAAAACCGCGUAAAAUUUUGCAUAGUCAGUGCAAUAAAUUACAGUUAAAUUACAAAAUCAUCGUGUUUGUGUUUUCAUUCUCAUUCUCAUUUCUGUUUUGUGUUUUGUAUUACGUCGGUGCUACUUAUCUACGAGUAAUACCUGGUGAACAAUCGUCACAAUUGUCGUCUAGUUUAUGUUUACGUGUGUUUGGAGAGUUGAUUCAUUAAUUAUUCGAGCGAAAAUCCGCUCUUACCGAGAACCAUAAAUUAUCCACAGCAGGUAGAAUGGCGAAUUAAAAACUCUGCGCGGUGUAUAAAUUUUUACCUGUGUUCAACGCGCAGCAUUUCAGUGCUGAGCGCGCGUUGCGCAGGUGAAGGUUGAAUCGAAGAACAAGUUUUAGUAUCAUCCGGUUCAUAAAGUGCAACACAACACAACGAAGUUUACCUUCAAAUUCUGCAAUAUAAAAACAAAUAAUAUUAAAAAUUAUCACAAAAAUCUUUAAAUAUUUAAAUGUUUUAAUUUUAUAAAGAGAAAUUAAGUGAAACUUUCCGCGCAGGUAGAAAUCGAGGUCAAAUUCUUUCUCUUAAUACCUCUAAAAUUAUUUCAAUAAACUGAUAAACAAGUGUACUUAACAUGUGCGUAGAGUAUGUUGGUUCAGCGAUAAUUUCGUGUGUGUUGCGUGAAUAUUAGCGUUUUCGUUGACAAAUAUCGCGCGCCACACGUUCUGGUUGUUUAAUGAAAAUUAAUUGCACGUGAAAAGGACGGUAGCAGGGCUAAAGUUGACAAACGCAGAAACGUGCAUUGUGAGCGCAAAUAUUUGUCAUCUCUACACGGUAACGAUGUACGAGUACAAUCCGCACAGGCCGAAUCCGCAUCAUGCGCAUCACCAUCACCAAAGACAUGAUAUGCGUGAUGUGUACACCAUCAGUAAUCCGAUGAUGUUUCAUCAUUCACAUCCACAUGCGGAUCCAAUGGGAAAUGCGCAUGCAAAACGAACGCAAGUCGCUGCACUACAGCUCAAUGAUUCCAGUGCUUCGGAAAGGAUCAAUGGAGGCAUGGACCACAAGGAUAUUCAACGCAAUAGUGGAUCCAGGCUAUUCCGGCUUAAAUAUGUGAUUAAUUUGGUUUUGGGUUUAUUAGUUACUGCUAUUAUUUCCGGCGUCGAGUUUGGCUUUCUACCUCAUACAAAACAAUCUUAUAUAUGCAAAGAUCCAAAACUUUCAUACAAAUACAACGGCGAUACAAUUCGCCCUUCAGUAUUAGGAGUGGUUUGUGUCCUCCUGCCGCUUGUGACAUUUUUCUGCGUGGAAGUACUACGCAAUGGCCGCGAAUGGAAAAAAGUCAUACCUUUAAUGUGGCGCUGGACACGCUUCCUCUUCAUUGGUAACAUUGUCAUCAAUCUGUUCAUCACCGAAGUGUUGAAGUCGGUUUUUGGGGAACCACGGCCGCACUUUUUUGACACCUGCGCCCCUGAUGCUACUGCUUGCACAGCCGGUGACAUUGUCGAAAGUUAUCGCUGUACAAACUCAAUAUAUAGUUUCAUGGUGAUAAGAGACUCGUCAAGGUCAUUCCCUAGUGGGCAUGCGUCGUUGUCAGUAUUUACAUCUGUGUAUUGUGCUGCUUAUAUUUAUUAUAGGUUUAAAUCACCGUCGAUAGACUUUGGUUCACUGUGUAAACCAUUCACAAUGGCGCUGGUUAUGCUUUGGGGGCCUGCGUGUGGCCUGUCAAGGAUUACAGAUCACCGCCACCAUUGGUGGGAUGUGUUAUCAGGGUCUAUACUGGGUGUUAUCACCGCUGUCUUUACUAUUUAUGCUUUGGCUAAUAGAUUCCGCGCUGGUGAGAAACACCGGGCUAGUUUAUCUUCUACGAAAUUAUGCGAUGAGAAUAAGGAUGAGUUAGUGUAAUAACAAAUUAAAAGAAAAAAAAAAAAAAAGAAGAAAAAAGUUGCUACACAAAAUUACAGAUUUCUGUAACUUUACUACUGCCUGAGUGGUUGAGAUGAGAGAUAUGUAGUGAACAUUGAAGACGUAACUGUUAUUUAUUUUUUAUUUAUAUUUAUGUGUAACUAAUAUACUCGUAAAAGUAUUAUUUAUAGUUGAUACGUACGUGUGUGAGUAUUGAGUAAGUUUUGGUAAGUAGAUAGUUAAUUUGUAGUUGGAAAUUUCAUAGAAUUGAUUUUUGCAAUUGUUAUGAAAUGUUCUUUGAAAUUAUUGACUGAUGAGAUUAGUUAUGUAUUGAGGUUAGAUUGGUAAGAAUAUAUUGUACAUGACGAAGGGACAAA